GCUUCGUGGAAUAGUUUUUCCUCAAACACUCGCCUGCCUGUCGGAUACAAAAUGUUGACUGCGUCCCUUGAUUGAUUCGCGUAAUGUCAUUUUCCUUACAUUUAUUUUGACUUGCAAGAAACUUUUCUUCCGUGUGUUUUGCACUUGUUCUUUGAUCCGACUUUCGACGUUGAGGUUGAUGUCCCGUUGCAUUACACGUCAUACCCCUCUCCAUCGCAUCUGCACACGCGUUCAUCACAUACAUACCAUUCCCCGGUUCUCACGAACCACUCAUACACACACAAUCACAAUGGCUUCCGAAAACACCAAUGGUGCGACCAAGCCUGCCCAGAGCAAAUUCGACCCCAACUUCACCCAACAUGUCAUCGACCUCAUGAGCCCCGAGACCCUUCCCAGGCAUCGGGAAAUUCUCACCUCUCUCAUUAGGCACAUGCACGAUUUCUGCCGUGAGGUCGAGCUCAAGCAAGACGAGUGGGUGGUCGGUGUCAACUACAUAAACUCUCUUGGCCAGGCCUACAAGAAGAACAGGAAUGAGACAUGGCGUCUCAUGGAUAUCUUGGGUAUCGAGUCCCUUGUCGAUGAGAUCAACAACAAGGUCGUCACUCCAGAUGGCAAGGCUCCCACGUCUUCUGCCAUCCUGGGCCCCUUCUGGUCCCCCGAGACGCCCUUCCGUGAUCUCGGCGCCUCGGUAGUGCAGGACAUGCCCGCCGAUGGUCAGCUGACCCUGUUCCACGGCGUCAUCAGGGACGUCGAAACGGGCAAGGGCAUACCCAAUGCCGUCUUCGACAUGUGGCAGGCCAGCACCAACGGCAAGUAUGACGUCUUCGACCCGGAGAACCAGACUAGGCACAACCUGCGCGGCAAGUUCAGGACGGACGAGGAGGGUCGAUUCUGGUUCUACUGCUUGAAGCCGACCGAGUACGCCAUCGACACGUCGGGCCCCAGCGCGGAGCUGCUCAAGAUGAUGCACAGGCACCCAUACCGCCCCGCCCACAUCCACAUGAUGGUCACCCACGACGACUACUGCGGCAUCACCGCGCAGCUGUACCCCAGGGACGAUCCGUACCUCGAGACCGACACCGUCUCGGCCGUCAAGCCGGACCUGCUGCUCGACUUCAAGCCAGCCGCCAAGGACGACCCCAUGGGUGCCCAGCUAGACUGCGAGUACAACGUCAACAUGGUCUCGAAGAAGUACAAACCUGAUUCAAAAAUGCUCCUGGGCAACGCCAACCAGGGCAACUUUGACUAGAUAUAUUGAAGGGGGUUAAUAAUGAGAAUAAAUAAAUAACUACAAAAAAAAUUCGAUAUCAG